CAAAGUGCCCCAUCAACUAUCCUUUCACUAAUAUUUACUAAUGUUUGUCUCCGCAAAGUUAAGUUAAUCCGUUAAUCCGUAAAUCCGCAGGUUUAUCCUACUAUACGGAAUACGGUAGUGCAUAGCUCUUGCCUUACUUACUCUAGUAGGCUCUUGGUAGGUGGGGGGAGUUAAACUGGGGAAUGAUUGUCACGAGUUUGAUAGACAGGCGCCUUACCCCUCCAUAACAUAAAGUAAGCAACUUUGCGACUCUGAGUCUUUGGACAUCUAUAUAUUGAAGGAAGCUGCUGCUAUUGCGGAAUACUGUGCCGUUAUUCAUUACUUUACUUUACUUGUAUAAAACACUAGAGAAUACAAGUGACAACCAGCACUUUCACGAACAUGGCGCCCCAGCAACGCAUCAUUAUUGACACUGACCCAGGAGUCGACGAUGUCCUUGCCUUACUCUUGGCGCUGUCAGCCACGCCAGAAGAGUUUGAGGUUCUUCUCAUCUCGGUGACAUACGGAAAUGUCGAGCUCGACAGCUGCCUCAAGAAUGUCGUGGCAUUGUUCCACGUCCUCGAGAAAGAAAAGGAGUGGAGGAAGAGCAAGGGCCUACCACAAGGCUUCACCACCGCGGAGACAUUUAAGCCCAUCGUUGCUGUUGGUACAAGCCACCCGCUGGCGGAGGAGAUUUUGAUGGCAGACUUCUUCCACGGUAGAGACGGACUGGGAGGCGUCCAUUCUAGCCAUCCUCACCUGUCGCCAUCCGAUGCGUGGAAGUCGCUCUUUACAAAAGCUCCACCAGGAUCAACAGACUCCGAAGUCGAGAAAGCAAACGAACUUGGAACCCCAUCAACGGCAUUUACUGCCUCCAAAGUCCCAGCAUACCAGGAGAUUCUACGACUACUCCGUGAAAACGAACCCGAUACAAUCACAAUUAUUGCCGUUGGGCCCUUGACCAACCUGGCGAUUGCUGCUGCUGAGGACCCAGAGACAUUCCUCCGCGUUAAAGAGGUGGUGGUGAUGGGUGGCACGAUCAACUACCCAGGAAACAUUACCCCCUUAUCAGAGUUCAACACCUACGCAGACGCCUCAGCCACUGCUCGCAUCUUCGCCCUGACCUCGCCCUCGCCUUCAUCAACCAUGCCACCCGCCAUGCCAGAGGCCAAAACAGCUCUUGCCCCUUACCCAAAGAAUCUGUCCAAGCAACUAAAGCUCUCCCUCUUCCCCCUCGACAUCACCGAGCGCCAUCUCCUCCCGAAAUCCCUCUUCGACACCAAAGUCAAGCCGCUCGUUGCUGCGGGCAGCCCCCUGGCAGAAUGGGUCUCGGUCUUCAUGAACACGACCUACGAGAAGAUCAAUUCUCUCACCCAAGGCUUCGCUGACCCCGGACUCUCCCUGCACGACCCCCUAACCAUAUGGUACAUGCUGACUCAAUCCAACCCGGCGUGGAAGGCUGCCCCUGGUGCACCCGAGGAUAUCAGAGUCGAGACUGCGGGACAGUGGACGAGGGGUAUGCAUAUCGUCGACCGUCGCAACAGAAGGAAGUUGGGUGGGCCAAAGCCGGAUGAUGCCAGCGCGCAGGCACAGGUGGACCCCUCUAUGCAGGGGGAUGAUGGGGAGGGCAACCUGGUGAACGAUGAAUAUGGAUGGUUGAAUGUGUGGAAGGGAAACCGCAUCAACAGGAUUGCGGAGUCACCGGGAGAUCUUGAAUUUGCCCCAUACCUGCUGAACCGCAUAUUUGGUUAGGAGAUAUCCGAGAGUAUGAAUCUAGAUCACAUAUUUAGUAUUUUAGAAUGCCAG